GCUGUCGUCAUAUCAUUUCCAGAUCCCCACUAGCAGUGGUAGAUGUGUCUCGUGAAAAAAAGACGCUGAGCACGGUUUCAGGUUCCCAGACAGCAUUUCUUUGAACACGGGCUGACACGUACCCAACUGUUUACUUGUGUUGAAAAAACUCCCUAGGAAAAGGAGGUACCUUCUUCUGCGAGGUUGACAUCCCUGUCCAUAUAUCUAGUGUUUUUUGUGGUUGCAUAACCGAGUCAAGUAUGGAGGCAGGGGUGUGCGACAAUGCUGCUGCAGAACAGGGGGACUCUUCUGGGAGUAGUGAUGAAGGGACCAUGGACAAGGACACAGCACCAACAGCAGAGAGGGUAGUGGAAAGUGAGUGCAGGAUGAAGCAUCUGUUUGGGUUUGAGAAGGAGGACCUGCCCUCCUGGCAUAACCUGGUGUAUCUCCUAAACCGCCCGACUGACCCUGCUUCUCUGGGCAUCUUCCACUUCCUGUUUGCAUGUCAAGAUCACCUACCAAGAUGGAAAAACAGGAGAGGUUGGAUACCUCAACCCUGGGGUGAGCCACUGAACCAUAACACCAAUAUAGAGUCAUAGGAAAGGUCAGAAAGCAAAAGUGGAAAACAUGGGGAAUGUGACACUGAGGAGUAUAAGCUCAAGUCGAUUCAUUAACCAUUCAACAUCCCAUCUGAACAAUGAUGGCACUCUGGGUCUGAUUUUAAGUGAACUACAUACAGAGUCAUCAGCCCUACAUACAGUAGGACCUCAGAGAUAAGAACAUGUUGUGAAUGGAGGUCGCCCAUAAUGUUCAUUCAUUCACUUAACACCUUUCUAGAAAAUAUUGAUUGCGUACAUCUUAUUUAAUUAUGAACUUUGUGACAGUAUCUGGGAGAAGGCAGAUCUGAGUACCUCAUACUGCAAUACUCAUGAAGGUGUUAUGACUGGUUCCAUAAAGGUGUUGUGAAUGUCUUAUGUAUACCCCAUACAUGUGGUGUUCAUGUUUUGUGUGUGUGUAUUUACAUGUUCUGAAAUAGUUCUGUG